UGCCGUUCACCGUAUACCGUCAUGACGCCACCACCACUUUUCUCCUCGCCGCAGGCAGUCCAACCAUCUCUCUUAGCUUCAUCUUCCUCUUUCCCUUCUUAGAUUGAUGCCUCUUCCUCUCCUGAUCAGGAUUGACUCACGACGCAUCUCCUCCCUUUGGGUAAGAAGAGGAACGAGAAAGGAGAGGUGACGAGUUGGUCUUGUUUUCUAGGGUUUCAGAGUAGUAGUGGCGGAGGGAGGCAAGAUGAAGACGACUAGAGGAAAAGAUGAUACUGAUCAAGACGAUCAAAUUGUACCUUUUAUUUCUAAAUUCUAAGUUUACAGGAACCUCACCGCUGCCCUCUUUCCUCUCUCCCUCUUCAUCAAUUCUAAGUUUUCGAUCUUCUUUUUUUCGAGGAUCUCGACAUCUCGUCACGGAGGAGACCAGAAAAGCGAAGCCCAACGCUGGCACUUCCCUUUCCCGAGCCGCCGUCAGUGUAAGUUCCCACCUCUCGAGCCGCCGUCACUUCCCUUUCCCGAGCAGCUCAAUCGGCCAAAGCAUGCCCAGUCUCCGACGCCACCCACCGCGAUCCUCGCUGCCUCAGCGCCAUCAUCUCCGGCCUCGCCCUCGACGGUCGCCCGCUGGAAGCUCUUCACCUCUUCAAAUGGUUCCAGACCUCCGCCCUCGACCCCGACGAGUUCACCCUCUCCAAUGCGCUCUCGCUCUUCGCCAAUCUCAGCGCGCUGGACCAGGGAAGGCAGAUCCAAGCUUUCGUCUUCAAGAAGAAUCUACCCAUGGACGUCGCCGCCACCAACUCGCUCAUCAAUCUCUACUUCAAGUGCGGCAGCAUCGCCGACGCGGAGAAGGUGUUCGACGGGACACUGUUGGACAAGAGAGAUUUAGGAGCCUCAUCCCAAGUUAUAUUCGUGACUCAUCAGUUGCAGUGAUUGCUUAUGAUGUUGCAAAUCGUCAGUCUUUCUUAAAUACUUUAAAAUGGAUUGAAGAGGUUCGAACGGAGAGGGGAAGUGAUGUUAUUAUUGUCCUUGUUGGGAACAAAACUGACUUGGUCGACAAGAGGCAAGUCUCCAUAGAAGAAGGAGAAGGUAAAGCACAAGAGCUCGGUGUCAUGUUUAUCAAAACAAGCGCAAAAGCUGGCUUCAAUAUAAAGGCUCUCUUUCGAAAGAUUGCGGCUGCCUUGCCCGGGAUGGAAACCUUUCUCCUCCAUGUUGCUUAGAUUUAUGAGGUUUAAGAAUGAAGGAAGAAUCUUUUAUUUUGUUCUUUUGAAAAUUUAUUAUGUCAAUAUAAGUAGAAUCUUUUUGAGUUUCUGAGGUUAUCUGUAUAAAUAAAAAUCUUCUCUUCCUAUUUCAUUUUGUUCUUUUGAAAAUUUAUUAUGUCAAUAUAAGUAGAAUCUUUUUUUA